CUCCCCUCGGCCGCGCUGCUCGAAGCUCAGUGAGGUCCGGUCAGUCCGACUCUUCUCCUUCCUCGGAAUCGGGACCGUAUGGACCAGAACACCGCGCUGCCAGGCCGCAACCAUCCCCGGACUGUCCAUGGGCGGCACAUGGGCUCCAGGUGAGAGGAACCGGGCUCACAGAGCCAGGAAAGGCCGGGGACGGGGGGAGUGACUAGGCCGCUGUUACCAGGGAGAGUCCCCGCUGCUCCUCCUCGAUCUCUGCCUGCAGCUCGCUGAGGGCCUGAGCCAGGGGCAGAGAGCGGGGCCGGGGAUGAGAGCGGGGUCACAGAGGCAGAGACCCGGGGUUAAGCAGGGUGGGGGGCAGAGAGCAGGGCCUGGAGGGAGAGGGCAGAGAGAGCAGGGCAAGGGGGCAGAGAGCAGGGCCUUGGGGGGGAGGGCAGAGAGCAGGGCCUGGGGAGAGCAGGGCCUUGGGGUGGGGGAGGGAAGGCAGGUUUAAUCUGCAGGAAGAAGGGCAGGCUAUGUCUAGUUUGCUGGAAGAGCAGGCUGUGCUGGUUCUGCAGGAGAAUAUCUAUUGGGCCAGGUGGACUGCUUCAUGUUCUCCGGCUAAAACCAGGCCCUUUUUGGAAGACAUUAGUAUUAAUAUUACAUCUGCAAGUUAGUGUCAUUGAAAACUAGAAAAUAAAUGCCUCCCACUCUAUAUGGACAUAUAUAAUACUGUAGCUUAUGUGGCAGUGAUAGCUAAAUAUUGGCACUAGUGCUUUUGUAGGUUCUACACAUGUUGCUGCUAGCAGGGCACCAUGCUAAGUUACCAAACAUCAGCUGAAGUACCAAUGUUUACUCUGUCUUGGGCAAACGUGAGUGUGUUGCAUAGUGUUACUCGGCAUGCAAAGAAGGCAACCUUGGCUUGUGGGUUGCAGGUCUGCAAAAGGGCGGGCAAGGUGUGCUGGGUCUUCAGGUGGAAGGGUAGGCUAUGUCUGGUAUGCAGGAAGGACAGGCUAUUUCUGCUUUGUAGGAAGUACAGACUAUGCAGGGUCUGCAGGAGGUAGGACAGGCUGUAUAGGGUCUUCAGUUGGGAGGGCAGGCUAUGUCUAGUUUGUAGGAAGGGCAGGCUGUGCCGGGUUCUCAGUUGGGAGGGCAGGCUAUGCCUAGUUUGUAGAAAGGACAGGCUGAGCCGAGUCUUCGGUUGGGAGGGCAUGCUAUGUCUACUUUGUAGGAAGGACAGGCUGUGCGGGGUCUGCAGUUAGGAGGGCGGGCUAUGUCUAGUUUGUAGUAAGGGCAGGCUGUGCUGGGUCUUCAGUUGGGAGUGCAUGCUAUGUCUAGUGUGUAGGAAGGUCAGGCUAAGCCAGGUCUUCAGUUGGAAGGGCAGGCUAUGUCUAGUUUGUAGGAAGGACAGACUGUGCGGGGUCUGCAGUUAGGAGGGCAGACUAUGUCUAGUUUGUAGGAAGGACAGGCUGUGCCGGGCAUUCAGGAGGGUUUGCACUCUGUCUAGUUUGUAGAAAUGUCAGGCUGUGCUGGGUUCUCAGGAGGUAGGGAAGGCUAUGUGUAGUGUCCAGGAAGGACAGGCUGUGCCAGGUCUUCAGGAGGGAGGGGAGGCUAUGUCUAGUUUGUAGGAAGGGCAGGCUGUGCCGGGUUCUCAGUUGGGAGGGCAGGCUAUGUCUAGUUUGUAAGAUUGACAUGCUGUGUUGGAUCUGCAGUUGGGAGGGCAGGCUAUGCCUAGUUUGUAGGAAGGACAGACUGCGCCCAGUCUUCAGUUGAGAGGGCAGGCUAUGUUCUCCCGCCUACAGAACCAGCUAUCCACUUUGUAAGUUUUGUUUUGUGGCAGCAGUCUGCAGACUGAUACCUGUCAAGGGAAAAUUAGAAAUAAGCAAAUUACUUGUAUAUUUGCUGAAGUUUUGGCUGGCACAAUCUAUUGAUGUUUUCUAUAUAUCUAUGACACAAUUUUACCUUGAUUUAACGUUAUUGCUAUUCUUUAAAGGAACACUUACCUGUUCUCCAUUGUGGGAAGAGUUUAUAUUUACUCACAGCAGCCCAGUCCACCUUUUCUGAUAUCACCAUGCUGAAUGAUCUCAUCCUAUCCAAUGCUUCAGGGAUUUUCACUAAAAUGAGAAUUGUUGGGGAUUUAAAGUGAAUUUCAAAUUGAAAUGCCUUAGACACUGUUAUUGGACAGCUGUUAUUACCUUAGAUUUGAAAUUUCCUUUCAAUUCCCAACAACUCUCAUUUUAGUGAAUAAUCCAUAUAGAGGAGCAUGUGGGCACCUACACUGCAAGCAUUGAAAUUGAACCUGCAGAUCCCUCCAGACCCCGCAAGUAGAAUUUACUGUACUAAACAGUGCCACACUCAUUGGCUGAGAGAGUCUGUUGCGCACUCUUGGCCUUUGAGAGUAGGUCGUGCAAUGGCUGCACUGGAAAAAACUGAAUGUGGCACAGCACCUGUGGGCACAAGUAAGUUAGGCAUUCCUGGCACCAUAACUACUACAGAAGGCUGUAGUGGUUAUGGUGGUUAAGUAUUCUUUCAAAUAUAGUUCCCUGUAAUAAGCCUGAUUUAAAGUCUCCAUCUCAGCACCAUAUCCACAAUGGACCAUUGUUAGGGUGCUACUGGGCCAUGGGCAUUGUCCACCUGUUCUAUGUCAAACCAUUUUCAGUUACCCCUUUCCAAACUCUCACUGUAUUGCAAAUAAAUACGCUGCACUAAAACAUUAGCAACACUAGUUUUGUCUAUAUAAUGAUUCUCAGAGUAUUUCUCCUUUCACAUAUGGACAAAAUUGAUAUCGCUAAGGCACAAGUGUAUGUAUUAGCAAUACAGCAAAGGCUUGGGAAACUUGGUUUUCAGAAUAUUAACUGACAGAUGUCACAAGCAUAUUAAUGUGAAUUGAUUGAUUAAGACUUCCAAUGUGUAUUUUUUUUCUGUUCUAUUCUGGAGGCCUUAUUUAUAUAUUUCUUUCUUUAUAUUUUUUUGUUUAGGAUGUGAGCACGUCCUGAAAAGAUUGAAUUGGAGACCCUGUGUCGUUUGCUAGAAUGUUUCUUAUGAAUGCACUUCCUCUCGUUGCUUUCAAAACAACAUGGGUACCUUUUGGACAGACCGCAACUUGUAGAUUACCCGUGUGUUUCUCAGAGUCAGAAGAAGAUAAUUCUGGGACUUCAAUAACUGCACAGGUUCAGAGCAUUAUUAACAACCUCCAAAGCGAUGAAUCUUCUCUUGAUGUGACCGGUGACUAUGAGUGUAUUAUGCAGAAGAAUAGGAAGGGGGAGAUUCACAUUGACAGAGGACUGACCAGCAAUACUUCUGUGUUUAAAGGACAUGCAAGAGAGAGUGCCACUCUUGUUGUCCCUGCUCAGUUCAAAGAUAACAAAGAAGAAAAUUCUGGAUGUGGACCACUCAUUCUUGAAUCCGAUAGCGAUGAUUCUGUUGACAGAGACAUUGAAGAAGCUAUUCAGGAGUACUUGAAAAAUAAAGGGACAGUCGAUGAUCCCUCUAACACAGAGAAUGCAAAAAAACCUGUUACUACUGAAAAAGAACGAGAUUUGCUAACAGUAAGCCAAAAAAAUGUCCCGUCUCACACAUGUCCUGAUAAAAUGGAAACUACAAAUGAGAUUUUUGAUGGUUUCAAGCAACAUGAUCGACCAAGAAGUGCUUCGCCUGAUAGUGUAAGCAGCGAUGAUUCUUUUGAACAAAGCAUCAAACAGGAAAUCGAGCAAUUCCUGCAGGACAAAAAGCAGCAGAACAUUGCAAAUGAGACUGGUGCUGGUAAUAAAUCUGUUCAGAAUACCACAAGCAUCAAACCAAAGUCAAAAUCGAGUAAGGUCUCUGACAAACCAUGUACCAAACAGGGAAGCAGGGAGCCAGCUGGUAACCCGAUUACCGAACGUGUUGGUACACAGCUGAAAUCCUUUAAAGUGAACACUGAUGGUUCAAAGAAUACAUGUAACCGAACUCAGCCUAAGGCCAAUGUAUCGAGGCACAACAAAAACCUGACAUUGCAGGCUAAGGAAUCUGUUCAAAGUAUAAACAAAGAACUAUCAGAUUCAAGCAGCGAUGAUGGCAUUGAAGAGGCAAUCCAACUCUACCAGCUUGAAAAGAGCAGGCAAGAAAAUAAUCUGAAAGUACCUUUAAUUGUCACUCCAGAAAGGGUAAAAACUAAACCCCAGUUGAAUUUAAACUGCAGUCCUGCUGCAGACAAGAUAAAUGUUCCUGAUGACUCUAGAAAGACAGAAAAUAGAAAAAGAAAAAUGCCAGUUGUUAAACCCACUGCAUCUCAAGAUAUCACCAGCUACCAGACAGUUAUUAGUAAAAAACCAUUCUCUGUCAGUGACGAGAGAAAUCCUAUAUGUGCAACUGGUAGCCAAGCAACAUGUCGGGCAGAAACAUCUGCCGAACUAAUGUGUGCAGAAGCAAUACUUGACAUUUCAAAAGCAAUUUUGCCUUCACAACCAGAAAGUAAUUUUACAGCAAAUUCAACCUCUCAACGGGAGUCCGACAGUGACAGUGCAGUGGACAGUGAUGACAGCAUCGAACAGGAAAUUAGAACAUUUUUGGCUCGUAAGGCUGAAGCGGAAGGUUCCAACACAUCUUCUGUGAAGCAUGAGUUGUCUGUGACACUAAGUAAGCCUGAACAUGAAACCCAGCCAUCUGUUUCCAAAACAAAGCUUUCUUUGACAAACAAAAGAAAAAUGCACGAGAACAAGUUCACACAAGAGCAAAUGAUAAACAUAUCAGAAAAGACAACUUCAACAUCAAACUUUCAUAGUCGGACAGAAUUAGGGAAAUUCUUACAUCCAUCAGAUACUGUAGAGAACAGCUGUAUGAGAACAGGGACUUAUGUGGUUGGAAGAGCUAAGCCGCCAUGCCCAUCAGAACCUGGCAUAGCUAGUGGACAUCAUAACUUGGAUUUUAAAAAUGUUGAAUCAUUUUCAGGAUUUCUGAGAAGUCCUGGGAAAAUAAACCCGGAAGAGAGGGAUAACUACAGUGGGGAUGAAAGCAGCUCGUUGGACAGUGAUGAAGAUCUUGACACUGCUAUAAAAGAUCUCUUGAAGUCAAAGAAGAAAUGCAAAAAAAGGAUGAAGGAAUCGAGGUCUCCAUGUAAAAAAAAAGUACGGUUUGGUGAGUCUCCAUGCAAGCUGGCUAACACACUUGACUCUGAUCAAAGAGAUGACUGCAGUGCAAAACUUUCGGUUAAUAAAAGCUGCUUUCUAAGUUCUAACUCUACAAAGGACCAUACCCUACGGAAGAUAAAGAGCAAUUUAAAAGUUAAAGAAGAUAAGAAAGAGAAAGUGGCUAACUCUGGGACCAAUUUACUAACAUCGACAGUUGUUGGCAACAAUAGUGAACAUAAACUUACUUGUGCCUCUGUCAAAACCGAGACAGAAGCUAAACAGUGUGCCUUGUCACAGGCUCAGGACAGUAGUUCUGUGGACAGCGAUGAUAGCAUUGAGCAGGAAAUAAGAAAAUUCCUUGCAGAAAGGGCCCGUGAGUCUGCAGAACUUAUAGCUGCACAAAAAGGGUCUUGUAUAUCCAAUCCAGGUUUAAAUGAAGUAAAGGGAACUCCAACUGUUAAACAAGAAGUUCCAUCUAGUGCAGUGACUGAGGCUUGUCUCGAACCAACUGCAAAUUACCCCAGCAUUGUGACAGCCAAUCCACAGCCUGCAGUGACACACAGAUUAUCUGACUGUAAACAAAGCAUAUCCCCUGUAGGACAACUGCGCCAUCGCCCUGCUGAUGUUGCUAUGGGAUCCAGCCCAAUGCCCAGGAAAGAUUGUUUAAGAGUCAAGCAAGAAUGUUGUGCAGCUCAGGAUAAUGUAAUCACACAGAGUGACGACCAUCUACAAACGCCUCCUGGCAGAGUGGUAAUCAAAACGGAAAUUAAUGGCUCCCAAGGGAAAUCUCACCUGCCAGUUUCAGGAAACUUUGUAGCCGGUCUUAAAUACAUUUCUGGAAAUGAUAAACAACUUGUUUUAAAUGUAGGGAAUACUGGCCCCACCAAACUGACAAGCAAUUUUUACAAACCAGGACAACAUAUUGCAAAGCAAACGAGCUGCCAGGCUAUGCCAAAAAAGGGUCUUUUGUUAGAAAAAGCUAAAGUUGUACAGGCCUCUGUUUCCCCUAAAUCUCCCUUAGUACGCCCCGGUUUGUAUUUGCUCACUACUCAGGUGUGCAAAGAAAACUCUGCUUUAUGCCUCCCCAUUAACACAUCGCAAUAUGAAACUGGUGUUAAUUUAAUGAGCUUGCAGUACUGUCAUGGCCAGGUGGCUACACAUUUAUCACCUGCCGCUGGCGAGCUGUGUGUUCAGCAACCCAAAAGUGGAGAAAUCAGGAAGCAGACCACACACAAGGCAGGUGAGAUUCCGACCUUAGAUCCCCAGGCUCCAGUGACCGAAAGCAGGCCUAGUCAUGCCAAUGAGGCAGCUUUAGAAGCAGGCUCUGGUAGACAUGUGGAGGAAGGCAAAGAAAGGCUUUCCAGUUUGUAAGUACCUUAUUUUGACACUUCACCUUUCUCGCUGUACAGUACUGGUGUAAAUACAUUGAAGGAUAAAGCAGGAAUUAACGAGGGAUUAGUGGUAACAAAAAUUAGGAUUUAAUAUGCUUUAAUUGCAUAGGUAAUUAUCAAAGCCCUUUUUUAUGAGGGUACACUUAAUGCAGUCUUUUAUUAUUUUUUCUUCUUCAAAACAAUUUAGUCAUUGUACUGUUUCUACUGUGUGGAAUCUGGACAUCCCCCUACAAUGUUUUAGAAGCAUUAUGUAGGUUUUAUUUACUGCUUUUUAAAAGCACACAUAAUUCACUAAUCUAGACGUUGCAUACCCAUGUGAUAUACACAAGGGUAUGCUUCAGGUUCUGAGCUUUAAGCAUCCAUUUUUGAGUAUAGUUUUUCACUAUAUGCACACGUACCAACAGACCGAGUUUGAUGUAUGUCCAUAUCGUACACAAUUCGAGUGCCUCACCAAGUUCUCAUGUCUUAUGGCUCACUAACUCCCUUUGCUUUAUGUUAAUACUCCCUAGUUUCCUUGAGCAACGCUACUGUAAUGGGUAGUUUGGGUCUUUAGUUACAAUAUUUACAGUCCGCUGAUACUAAUCACGUAUACAUUGUAGCAAGACGCAUGCUUCGAUAACAUGCCAAGCUGCCAUGGGUUCAAUAUUCACAAUAGAGGCAACAUUCCAAAAACGUACUUUAUAGAUGGGGUGGGGGGGAGCAUAAAAUAAUAUGCUAUGUACAUAUUAAUUUUGUUCUCCAAACCGAGCCCCAUUGCACUUGAAGGAUAUAUUUUGCACUGGUUUUAUCUUUUUAAAAUGUUGCAUUACACGUUUUGUUUGUGUUUAUAUGGAAUACGUUAAUCUAAGACUCUGUGGAGCUGAGGUUCAGAGAGCUGCAUCUUAUGAGUUCAAUAUUUCAAGCUAUUUGGCUAGGUUUUCCACCUGCUGAUAAAUCCAGCGUGUGUGCGUAUGGAUGUACACUCACCUGGAAUGAUGUCCCUUGAUAAAGCCAGAUGUGUUGCUCUGCAAGGAUUGGGGCGGUUGGGGGAGGGUAAUCCUUGCAUCCUUCCAUCCUUCAAAUGUUGAGGAAAUUGAAAAUGAGAAUCAUCAUACCUUGCUGGUAAAUGUCCUUUUACUCAUCAAAGACAAGUGAACUAAAGAUUUCCCUGUCCUGUAAAUGCAUAUAAAUAUAUACAAAUUCUACUGCUAACACCUGUGUUGUAAGAGUUUAUUUUAUCUAAAUAUAUAUAUAUAUGUAUGACUCUAUGUUGGCUCCUGUACAGGAAACAAUGUUAUUGGGAAUAUAUAGGGAACUUUAUCAAAACCUUGAAUGCAAACCCUGUUACCGUCACAUACAUAUAGUACAAUACAUCUAAAACAGGUGUUUCCAAAAGGUAGAUCCCCAGAUGUUUUAAAACUACAGCUUCCAUGAAUCCCUGUCAUUCUAAAGGCACGCAAAGCAUUGUGGGAGUUGUAGUUCUACAAUAUCCGGGGAACUACCUUUUGGGCACCCCUGAUUUAAAACAUGAAAUACAUCAAAAACGUAGCUGUCAGCUGUAUGCUGCAUUGCAAUUCUAUUUCUGCAUAUUACAUCUUGGCUGCUUUCUAAUCUAAUAACAAUAUAUCAAUCUUUUCUAAUCGUACAUAAUCUGUGGAAAUCACACUUAAAAUAUUAAUAGGCAGCGAUGUCUUAAUAUAAAUGGCCUUCACUUGAAAUUGCUCAACAAGACACAUUCAGAUAUGUAAAAUCAUGAGAUUAUCUUAUUUUAGCUCUGUCCUUUAGAAAACAGUGACUAUUGAGUAAUACAAGAAAUGACGUAAAACAUUGUCUCUGUUCUAUUUCUAAUUUCAAAUAAAAUAAGGAAGAAACUGGCCCGUACUGACACCUAAAGCUUGUUCAGCUGCAGCAUAACGCAGUCAAGAGUAAGCACUGGGCUCUUGUAGACCGCUCAUCCUAUUAUUGCUGCCUCAGGUUGGAUAGAUUAUGGAGAAGUGAAUCUGGGGAUUGGGCUACGGGUACUGGAGAGUGCUCAUUGUUUCUUGUUCCCUUUACACCUCUCCAAAACAACGGCAGUGCCAGUGUGACCUGGAAGGGCUUAUUGGUGCCUGGGAGAGCAACAGGCAUUGGCGAGCCCCCUGGAGUGCACCAGCUGCACCACCGCUAGUUGGGGUGUGUGCUCCAAAACAAUGACGAAAAACAGAGGGAAAGCACCCAAAUAUUUAUUGCAUUACUAACCAUUACAAUAAAUCGUAGUGGUCAUGGAACUUGUAAUUCCAUUUUAAAUCAGAAACUAUUCUGUCUUGCUCACACAUGCUCGGUGAAUCUUCCAGUUUUAUAGAUCACAUUGGACCUGUGUUGGGAUCAACUACUGGUCCAUAGGUCACACAAAUCUUUACUCCAACUCCCUUGAUCACUGGUUUGGGACAUCCCAGAUCAACAGCAUAUUGUUAAAACAGUCCAAAACCUGCCCCUUGCAUCAUCCAAAUUCAUUCUCAUUUGUCCCAUGCUCGUUGUACAACAUUGUUUUAUCUAUUUUUAUCCAUUUUCAAGUUUCAUGGAAAGAUCAUAUUUGCCUUCUAGGAUCUGAAUGUGUAAAUAAAAAUCAACCCUUUUUCCUUUCCUGCUAAAUUGUAAAUUCUUUGAAAACCUUCUAAUCCUUAAGGUGCCAGAGAGGGUUAAGUGAAGGACUGUAAUUUAUUGUGUAAAUAUUUACUGACUAUGCUGUGCAUUGCCAGUUAUAACUUUUUUUUCAGAUGUUUGUUAUUAAAGAGAUUUAAAAAAAAUGAUUUGUUUGCCAGUUGUACGCCUAAUAAACCAUUGAGAUUGUUCUGUAUUUGCUCCAUUCUUAAUAAGAGAGAAAAAAAAAUACUGCACAUGCAUUGGAAAUAUGAAAUCAAUUUUUAUAUAUUUAAAAGAAAACUCAGGACACAUGAUCAGGUGUGUAGUGCAUAAAACACACACUAACAAAAACAAACUUUGAACCUUGGAACCACCCUCUAAUCUUCCCUCAUUACAGUGAUACUAUAAGAACCAAAACAGUUAGCUUAAUGAAACAGUUACAGUGUAUAGAUAAUGCUCUGGUUUGAUCACUGCUCAAUUCACUGACUUUUAUGAGUUGUCAUUUUGUUUAUGCAGCCCUAAUCACACCUCUUUGCAUGUGACUUGUAUAGCAUUCCUAAAUAAUUCCUGUAAAGAUAGAUCUAAUGUUCUGACUUCCUUUAUUUGCACAUUCUGUUUAAAUUAGAAUUUCUUAUCUCCUCCUCAGUUAAUAGUCUUCUAGAUCCUGCAGGAGCCUCCUGUGUCAGAGCAGAAAUUUAGAGAGAGAGAGAGAAGAAAAAUUCUAAAGUCAAAAGACACUAUAGCCACCAAAACAUUAGCUUAAUGAAGCAGUUAGAUCAUUUAGCUAACUGAAGUUGUCUGGGUGCAAUGUCCCUUUUGCACUUAGUGCAAUAUUUACAUUGCAGUUCUGUCUGCUCCAAGUGACUGUCUCCCAGACAGUUUUGUGUAGUGCUUGUUUCUUAGUGCAGUAAUUCCUAACCCAAUCCUCACAGUACACCAAUGAUCUGGAUUUUGUCAGUAUCCCAAUAGAAACAAAAUUGGAAUAUGCCAAAGUCCUGGAGUCUUGAUGUUCCUUGAGGACUGGCUUUGGAAGCCCUGGCCUACUUAUUUCCAUCUCCCAGUAUAGUGCCCCUUACCAUAGGCUUUGAAAUGCAUGUUCAUUGACCCGGUGCAGAGUUUAAUAUUAAAGGGACAGAAUUGUAGGGGUUAUUGUGCUACCCACGUUUGUAAAUGGUUUGACUGGUUCCCUCCAGGAGCCUGUUCUACGCCUGAUCUCCUACACGCAGAUAAAACAGGAGUUCAGAUUCUGAUUUAGCUAGAUUGUUUGUGUAGGUUCCAGGUCAUUCACUAGCUGAGAGUGGCUUAUGACAUUUCUAGAGAAGCAGUCACCAGAAACUUUGAGCUAAUAUGACCGACUUCUGCUUUAGCUGUGUGGAGGAGUGCGGAAGCCUUUGGGUACCCAGCUAACUUAUCAACUCAUUUACAAAUAGUUUAACCCUUUAUAGGUAGAUGGUGCUAGGAGACUCCUGGUAUCAUAACUACGUCAGUGGGUUGCAGUGGUUAUGGUGCUUAGAAUGUACUUUUAUGGCUGCUGAACAGACCCACUUCAACUAGUUUUUAGUACAUCUAACUAUUAUAGUAAUUGUGUGUAGAUAAAUAUUGCAGUGUGUAACUAGUUAGAUCAGUAAGAUUUUCAUCAUGAAAGGUACCCCUUUACAUUGGAUUUUCUUUUGAUAAUUAAAUGAACUAAGUAAGACUUUGUGGUUAUCUACAGUACCAAAAUCCUGAAAGAUAUGUCUCCAGUGCUUUUAAUGUGCAAAAAAAAAAAAUCAACAUGGGUUCUUUCAAGUAGCCAACUAGCCCCAUUGGACCACAGGAAAACUUUGCACACAAUGCACCAUGGUAUGUAAGGGUCCGCUAGUGAGACUGUCAUUUAAUGAAGAACAGUGGCAUAAGCAUUGGACACAUUUGUCCCUUCAUCAGUCAACAAUGCCCUUGCAUAUUGCACAUAGAUAAAUGGAUGGUGUGCAGAAACAUUAGUAGCCCUGUUUGCUCCUGCAUACCUUGUUGCAGUGAGGUCACUGCGUUUCAGUCCUCCUAUGUGCUAGCUAGUAAGAGCAGCCUUCAUUUGGCCACAUUAUUUGCACCUCCAGCUGACCACUAGAAAUGCUCCAAAGACCACUACUGCUCUACAAACCACACUUUGGGAAGCACAUGUCUGCUCACAGAUACAAGGCUUACUAUUCCGGAUUUGCAGAGAUCGUAAAGAGGUGUGUCAUCUAUGUGCAUUUCUCUACAGCCCAUCUGAAUUAUAUCCAGCAAAGGACCGCAAGACACCACUUGGAAGAAUAUGGAAAGAAGGGGAGGAAAAAAGUGUGCUACAUUUCUUCUACAUUAUGUAUAUAAUAUUUUAGUGAUUUUUUUGUUGUAUCAAAAUGUUUUAUGCUUUAGAUGUCCUGUUAAAAAUACCUAUAUAUAAAUGUAUGCUUGUUCCACAUUUCGUUAUUUACGUAAGACAUAAUGUAAUCAAAACAUUGGUCCAUUACAGGAGGCUUAAUUCAAUAGAGUAUGCAGACACGUAAAGGGCCAGUCUAGGCACCAUAACCACUUUAGUCAGUUGUGGUUAUUGUGCCAUGAGUGCCCUGGCACCGUCGCAUAGUAAGUAGUCAAACUGUUUUUUUUAUUGGUUUGACACUUACCUUGGUCGCCCCGUCUGACCUCCUUUUCUGAUAUAUCAGAAUCAUGUUUUUUCUGUAAUAAAUUACAUUCAUUUCAACACUAAGGGCAAAACUUAUUGACUGAAGGCAUCAGCUGACACUCUCAGCCAAUGAAUUCUGUUAAAACACCAUACAGAAUUUAUGUCAAUAAUGUAUAUAGAAAAUAUAUAUACUUAAAAAAAUGAAUCUACACGAAAGUUCUAAAUGUGGAGCAAUGAGCUAUAUGACCCCUAUGGCCGGGCUUCAGAUUUGUAGUCCUUAUGCUGCUAGCCAGGGUUUAAAUGUUAAUCACCACUGCGAGCUAUAGUUUACCCUUCAGGGGUGAAUUUCUACUUGCCAGAGCUAAAUUUUUAUUCGCCAGUAGGAAAUUUGGAGUCCCCAUGGCAAUAGUUUCACUAUUAGAAUCUUUUCAUCCUCUUACAGACAUAUUGUUCGUGCAGGGUUCCAAAAGCAACCUUGCGCUCCUUACUCCAUUCUUCAGGGACGAGACCUUGCAGUACAUACAUAGUGCAAAGCUCUUAAGGAAGGAAACGUCUCUGGUUUGUUUUUUAAGGAUUGUCACUAAACCAGAUUUUGUGUGUUUCUGCAAACAUUUUUGUGACUUUUUUUUUUUUUAUAUUGACUUGCUGUUUUCUUGUAUUUACAGCUUUAGUACAAGAAUUGAUCCUGGCAUGACUAUAGAUCCUUACAUAAUGCUGUCUGCAGAGCAGAUUUGUAACCAAUUUGGUUUGCGUAGACAUUGUCGCAGAAACACAGAAAAGGUAUAUAACAAGCUUUAG